ACUCAUGGCAGAUGGCGCGCUUCAGAGUGUCAGUAACGUUCAUUCCGUCUUUUUCGAUGAAGAUGAGUAUGAAUGGGAAGAAAUAUCUGUCAUUUACUAUCUGUCAUCGUGAUCUUUCUUGAUCUUUUUCGUCUGACAAUUUCGUGAAAUAAAUUCGACUGAAAUGCGGUCGCUACUCGUCAACAAGUAAAGAACGAAGAAGAAGAUAAGGUUACAAAGAGCAGAAAUUCUGCAAUUCGUGUAAGAUUACGAGUGUGCCGCAGAUUUUCAUCGAUUUCCACUUGAAGUGUCGUUUCUCGCCGACAGACAGAAAUGUUUACUGCUCUACAUGUAAACAACUGGUACGUGAAGUAAUAAUUCUGAAACAACAACCACGGGAUCGUCCAGAGAAUCAGACGAGAUCGAUUAUGGAGACGCCGAACAAGGCAGCCGUGCUCCCCAAGGUCGCCGAUGACGAUAAUGCAGUAUGCGGCGAGAGCGCCAAAGGCUACCUAGAGCCUAGAUUCGAGUGUCCCAUUUGUCUAACAUGGCUACGCGACCCAGUUUUAACAUCCUGCGGACAUAAGUUCUGUUCACAGUGUAUUUACACUUGGCUUAAGAAAGAAGGUGCCUGUUGCCCUGUCGAUAGUCGACCGUUGAAAUCUGAUAGUGAUCUCUUCCGAGAUCUCUACACUAGUAGAGAGAUAUCCCAGAAACGUACCACCUGCCCUUAUCAACAGUUCGGGUGUAAAGUAGAGUUGUCUCCGGUGGAUAUGGAAACGCACAUGAAUCAGUGCGCCUACAAAAACGAUCUAUCCGAGUCGCAAGUGGAGAGCACCACUAACGCAAUGUCCGCGGAGUCAAAACUGUGGGAUCCACCUCCGAAGAACAGCGUGCAGGUUUCGGACUGCAGGGAGGACUGGCAACAGUUGCUCAAAAGCCUGUACGAAAGGAUAGUAGUCUUAGAGCAAGGGAAUCGGGAGCUUUCUAUAACGCUGUCCAAUCAAAAGAAUCAACUCGCAGCUAUGUGCCUACGAAAUUGUAAUGGAGUUUACGUAUGGAGGCUAACGUCCUUCCGGGAGAAACUCGCGGCCAUGAGCAACGAUCCCCUAAAGAUGUUUUAUAGUCCGGGGUUCUACACGAAUCCGUACGGAUACAAAAUUUGCGCUAGGAUCAAUAUAUCCUCCAAGGAUUCGAACUAUCUGUCCCUGGUCGUGCACAUUAUGAAAUCGGAGAAUGACGACACCCUCGAUUGGCCGUUCAAGGGCGCGAUGUACUUUGUGCUGAUACACCCGCAAAGCCCCGAGAAAAACAUACGCGAGAUAACGUGGUCGGUGCCCAAUGUCGAGGCGCUUCGGAAACCCGUGUACGAACUGAAUAAACGUAGCUUCGGGUACACCGAAUUUGUACGCGUAUGCGACGUGACUGAUUUCCUGCGAGACGAUACUCUAGUUUUUAGAAUAGAAAUUCGCGCGUCGAGCAUCUUCGAUGAAUUUAAAGUAUUGAAAGAGUAAAUCUGUAGUAUGCGCGAUUCCAAAUGCAUUUUUGUGCUUUAAAUUUUAUUUUUACACUACUUAAGCGUGUAACAUAAUAGUGACAGUAUUAGAGAGAGAGCGGUAAUUAUGUAGAAAAGGUUGCAGCGCGAAUCCUUUUCAUUUUGACAUAUGUUUGACAUAUGAAUGGUGAAGCAAUCUUUCUAAGUAAUUUUUUUACUUGACAACUAUGUGAUGGUCGGUAUAGUUUCUGAGAUAUAUCACAAAUAAUAUUAAGAUAAUUAUACAGAUUAGCUCUGGCUGACCUAGCUUCUCUAAUCUGUAUAAUUACCUUAAUAUUAUUUGUGAUAUAUCUCAGAAACUAUACACGACUAUCACAUAGUUGUUAAGUAAAAAUUACUUAGAUCUUCACCCUUUAUAACACAUGUCAAAAUGAAAAAAACCCGCGUUGUGUAACCUUUUCUGCAUAAUUAUCGAGAAGCCAAUAUACAAAUAUAAAGUUAAAUGAGAUAUAUUUUAUUUUUAAAAUAAUUUAUAUAUUUAUUGAAAAAGUUUUUACUGUGAAAUUUGUACUCCGUAAUCCGUCCAAAUAAGAAAUUAUUUUUCUACUUAUUGUUUUAUCCUACACAUAAUAUACACACUUCUAAUAGUUUUGAGCAUUUUCUAGUAAUCAUCAUCAUUUAGGAAUCAUUAUUCAUAUUAAUAAAUUUAUCAAAUAAUCAUACAUUACAUAAAUAUAAAAGAAAGAAUUACAUUAAAUAAAAAAGUCGGAAUUAGCAUUUAUUAACAAUUGCCAAGAAGUCCGUCCUUGUCUGCCUUAUAUCAAAGUUUAGUAAAGUGCGAUAUACGAUAAUAAGCGAUAAGUGCACAUAGUAUACUUGUGUGACGAGUAACAUACUGGCCAGUCAUAUAUGAAUUACUUAUGUGAGUUGCAGGAUACAAAAAUAAAAAAUGAUUUACAUUCUAUUUAUUAUCACUUUUAAAAAGGUAGACAAAUGUAUAUAGGCAAUAUUAUGCAAAAUCUAUGUAUAAAAUAUUAAGUUUUGUUAAAAUGGGUUAUAUUUUAUUGUUGCAGCUAUAUGGAUUAUAUACGAUAAAUGGAAUGCUUACAGCAAGAUUAUAAAAACUUUCUAUAUAUUUCUCAAUAUAUAAAAUAAUAAUCUUUAUACUUUUGUUGCAUUGUUGUAUACGGGUACUCAUUUUAUUUGUGAAACGAUAAACGAUUUGUAAUAUUUAUCAUUUCGUGCAAUGUGAAUUCUACAGCCUGGACAUAGAGAUAGUGCUUAAUGUGUUUGUAAAUAGUACAAAGUAGCACUAAAAAAAUAAAGAUUACGAGUCAUAUUUCUGUA